AUGCUGCGCGCAAAGGGGAGAGGCAAGUACGAGGUGAUGCAAGAGACCAAGUGCCGCAACGCUUCAUGUACCUUGCUGUGCCGUGAGGCUAUACCGUCAAGCUCACCCGUCACUCGAUUGAAAGCGCUACACAGGCUCGACCGACCUCCCCUCAAAAUGGUCGACUCCGACAGUAAAGCUCCCAAGAACUCUCAAGCCAGCGACGACCACCGCUCGCAGCAAGACGCAGAUGAGGAGUCGAAUCGUCAACGCAUAGCCUCCAUCGCCAGCCGCUUCGGCGGCCUAGCAGCCCAAGCUUCCUCCCAGGCUGCUCAGAAGAGCACCGAAGCUGCGGCUGAAGCAGGGCAGCAGGUGGUCAAGACGGUCGAAUCCACACGUCAUGCUGCUGCCACCCAGACUGCCGGAUUGCUCCAAGCCAUGGCACUCACCACAAAGAACGUGUCUUCCGGCUCGAACAACGGUAAAGCGUGGUACGAGUACGAGUCGCCGUUGCACGCGCGGAGGAGGCUGGCCGAGUACGAGUCGCCGCUGCACGCACGUCGAAGGCUGGCUGCGAUCGCUUCUCAGUUGGGACUGGCGACGUCGUCGGCAAAGCAGGCUCCGGGAUUGUUGGGUGCGUUGACGUCUUCGCGCCAGUCGACGUCGAACAGCGCGGCGGAUUCGAAACACAGCUCAUCCGAGAAGUGGGCUACAGCGCCUCUGCCAGACUACCAUCAGCUUCCGUCCGAGGGCGGUUGGCCAGGCUGUGCAUGGGACGUCUGGGGUCGUGGUGAUCAACUGGGCACCAUCAACCUGCUCACCGAGUCGGUCGUGCUUCGCGCUGCCAAGGAACAGAUCAAAACCGGUCGCACCGUCUCGCUCAACUGGCCAGUUCAUCUCCCUGCAGAGCCGUUCUUCCGUCGCAAAGCUCUGACUCACAAACCGUUCGGCAAAGGUGGUCCUCCCUACACCGAGCCUCGUGAUGCGUACAUUGCCGGUGCUAGAGCCAAGAACCCGGAUCUGUUGGUUCGAGAAGACACCAAGGUACCAGUGAGCGACGAGAUGCUCGAACUCAAUACGCAGAGCGGUUCGCAGUGGGAUGGUUUCCGUCACUUUGGUCACAUGCCUCUCAACGUUUUCUAUGGCGGUGCGUCGAGGGCUAGCAUUCAGGACUCGUUCGACGAUGCCUCGCCUCAACCCGGUGAUCCACAGAGUUGGAAUUCGGAGGACGCCAAGAAGAGGAAUGCUUUGGGGAUCCAUCAUCUGGCUCAGCAUGGAAUUUGUGGGAGAGGGGUGUUGUUGGAUGUGUUCGAGUACCUGUCGCAUCAUGGAACGGAGCAUGUUGAGCGCGAGGGGUACGAGUGGUCCAAGUGGAGUCAACAUGGAGGAGGCAAAGGCUACGAUCCUCGCAGUGGAUUCAGGAUCACUGUCGCUGAUCUCAUCGCCACGGCCAAACAUCAGAACGUCACCUUCCGACGCGGUGACAUUCUUCUCGUUCGAUCCGGUUUCACAGCGAGGUACUACUCCCUCAGCCUGACCGAACGAGCCGAGUGGUCCAGCCCAGCAGGUGGAAUGCCAUUUGCGGGAGUGGAGCAGAGCGAAGAGAUGAAGCAGUUCAUGUGGAACAACCACUUUUCCGCAGUCGCCGGUGACAGUCCAGCGUUCGAGGCUAGACCGACACGCGAUGGAGAGUGCAUGCUGCACGAAACGUUCUUGGCCAUGUGGGGAAUGCCCAUCGGCGAGCUGUUCGAUUUGGAGGGGCUGGCGCAGACGUGCAGGGAGAUGGGGAGGUGGGAGUUUUACUUUGCCAGUUGGCCCUUGAAUUUGUUCGGCGGUGUGGCGAGUUGUGCCAAUGCUAGUGCGACGUUUUGA